UGAAAAUGCUUAGGCAGGAAGAGCCCUUUACGGCACCGGCUUUUUUGGUUUGUGGUAUCACUUAUCAAUUCAACUGCCAAGUCAAACGGGAGGAAUUCGCCGGCUAUAGCCAAUAAAGGGCAGUGGACAUCUUCAAUACCAGUAGAAGGUAUCACUGAAGUGACUUUCGUGGCACAUUACAGCAAAAACUUGUUGAAAUUUACAGUAUAUUGACUAAGUUACAUUGUAACGCGGCUCAGCAUCCACCUCAUCACUUCUCAGCUGGCAGACGUAGCUAAAAUAGCUAACGUUAGCUAGCUAGCUAGCUAUUUUGCCGGUUGCUUGUACGCCAACCGAGUUAGCAGAGAAUUAAAGAAGUCAACCGUUAUGGGCCAAACCUGGAUAACGGUGGAAUGAGAUAGUUACAUUGCAAUGUUUACAUUUGACUGUUUAGUCUACACUACUUUUAGCAGUCCUUCUGAGCAAUUUAGUUAGAACGCACGUGACGUGGUGGCUAAAAUAGACUUGUCCAUAUUUGGCAUCUUGCCAAGCUACCCCAAUUUACAUUACAUAUAGAUAUAGUAAAAUAUCGGCUAUCGAUUGUAAUAGUUUGAUAAUAUUGGUUCCAUCCGCAUGAUGCACAAGCAAGGGUCGUUCGUGUCCCCCUUGCUCAGCGGGGUCUUUUGUCAAUGCCAAGCAGAUGAGGCGCACCGGGGUUCUGACCCAGGUGGCGGGGUCGAGGAUACUGGGGGUCCAUCCUUCCCAUCCCCACCUCGGGCUCGGCCGUUGUCAGGGGUGAACACAGGUUCCUGUGAUGACUCAUGUGAACCAUCGUAUCUAUGUGAACUUUGUGGCGGACCCGAGCAGGACCACAGACUGAAAGUGCUGUUUCAAGUCCUGGACGUGAAUGGUGAUGGAGGCAUCUGCGUCAACGACCUGUCCAUUGGGCUCAAGAAACUGGGCGUUCAUCGCACAGAACUCGAGCUUAUGAAAAUAGUUAAAGCGGGAGAUAAGGACCUGGACGGCCAGUUGGACUUCGAAGAGUUUGUCCACUAUCUGAGAGACCACGAGAAGAAGCUCCGGCUGGUCUUCAAAAGCUUGGACACUAAGAACGAUGGUCGUAUUGACAAGCAGGAAAUCAUGCAGUCCCUUCGAGACCUGGGGGUUAACAUCUCCGAGCAGCAGGCAGAGAAGAUCCUCAAAAGCAUGGACAAGAACGGCACGAUGACCAUCGACUGGAACGAGUGGCGAGACUACCACCUGCUGCACCCCGCCGAUAACAUUCCUGAGAUCAUCCUGCACUGGAAACACUCAACGAUAUUCGAUGUGGGGGAGAGUUUGAUGGUGCCAGAUGAGUUUACUGCCGAGGAAAAGAAGACUGGAAUGUGGUGGAGACACUUAGUGGCUGGAGGGGCAGCUGGCGCCGUGUCUCGAACCUGCACUGCACCCCUGGACCGGCUCAAAGUGCUCAUGCAGGUCCACGCCUCUCGUACCAACAGCAUGUGCAUUGCCGGCGGCUUCACCCACAUGAUACGCGAGGGAGGUAUGUGGUCACUAUGGCGAGGCAAUGGCAUGAACGUCAUCAAGAUCGCCCCUGAGUCAGCCAUCAAGUUCAUGGCUUACGAGCAGAUCAAACGUUUGAUAGGCAGCAACCAGGAGACACUGGGCAUCCUGGAGAGGUUUGUGGCGGGAUCUCUGGCUGGAGCCAUCGCCCAGAGCAGCAUCUACCCCAUGGAGGUGUUGAAGACCCGCCUAGCCCUGAGGAAGACGGGACAGUUCUCUGGCAUCGCUGACUGCGCCAAACACAUCUUCCGGAAGGAGGGCAUGGCCGCCUUCUACAAGGGCUACAUUCCCAACUUGAUAGGCAUCAUCCCCUACGCUGGCAUCGACCUGGCUGUCUACGAGACUCUGAAGAACUCAUGGCUGCAGCGCUAUGCCACAGACAGUGCUGACCCGGGGGUGUUCGUGCUGUUAGCCUGCGGGACCACCUCCAGCACCUGUGGACAGCUGGCCAGCUACCCCCUGGCCCUGGUCAGGACCCGAAUGCAGGCUCAAGCCACCAUCGAGGGCGGUCCCCAGAUGACCAUGUCGGGGCUGUUCAAACACAUUGUGAAGACUGAGGGUGCAUUCGGACUUUACCGAGGCCUGGCCCCAAACUUCAUGAAGGUCAUUCCAGCGGUCAGUAUCAGCUACGUGGUCUACGAGAACCUCAAGAUGAGUCUGGGGGUGGUGUCACGUUGAGGCCUGGGGGGAGAGGGAGGUAUCACCUCCCCUGAAGGCCAAAUUGUUAAUUUUUGCUUUGCCAAGCAACGGUGCGGGUGACUCUGGGGGGAAAAAAAGGGAGGAAUCUCAGCAGACAGAGCUGGGGUUGUUAGAGACAAUCUCAUUCUGUAAAUGUUCUGAAGACCGAUGGCGAGAGCUAUUACAACACUAAGGACAAAAAAAACAAUGGAGAGUUGGGAACGGACACUAUGACUGGAAGGGAGGUGGUGAUGGAGAUCCUCUCACGUAGCUGUAACCUUAAAGUAUCAUUAUGUAAGGAGUUAUUUUGUUAUCAAUCCAGAGGCACAACACCAUGAGUCCACUGUUGGCUUUUUAUUAUCAAAUUGAAGACCCAGGUUAACUGAAAAGCAAUCUCUUCACUGGAACUCCAGUAUUCUCCAACUUGCUUGAAAUUUGUUAACGGAAAUGUGUUUACUGUUGUGUUCACUCAAUAGUACUAUCCUAUAGGAGGCAGUAUUAGUCAACCUAUCUGGCUUGUGAAAGACUACUUUUCUAAUUGUCAUCUAAAGUUGUCCUAUGUAAUAUGUAUUCGCCUUAAUGCAGCAUUCAUUAACAUGUAAGAGGCUGCAACUAUUAGGGCAUUAGCUGUUAUUUGUCUGGAGGGAGCAAAACCUCAACUCACAAUUUUGAUUAGUCUGGUUAAUUCCAUAUUUUUCAGUUUUUCUCAUUGUAUAGCUUGAUGAGAAUGUUAAACAACUGAUUUGAACAGAAAGGGCGAUGCAGGUUGGAUGCCCAUAGUGUAUUAUUGUCCACUUAGUCUUAAAACCGCUGGUAAGAAGUGUGUAUGUCUUGAUGCUAAUACAUUUUUUGUAUUGUAACCAAAUAUUUAAAUAAAUAUGGUCCAAGACA